AUGGCUGACCACCUGAGUGAUAUUGCAGGUCACGAGGUGACGGGCGUAUUCAUGCGCACCUGGGAUGAGCUGGACGAAACGGGCGUUUGCACAGCCGAAGGCGAUUGGCGCCACGUGCAGGACAUUGCUCAGCGUCUUGGCAUUCCGUGCAAGCGCGUCGACUUUGUCCAGGAAUAUUGGCACAGCGUCUUUCAGGUUAUGCUGGAUGAGCUAGCAGCCGGUGCCACGCCCAAUCCAGACAUUCUCUGCAACCGGCACAUCAAGUUUGAUGCCUUUUAUCAUUUUGCUCGAGACCAGCUCGGUGCUGAUCGCGUGGCCAUGGGCCAUUAUGCCCGUGUGGAUGAGCGCGAGCCGGAUAUGCCCCGCCUUCUCCGCGGCUGUGAUGACAACAAGGACCAGUCUUACUUUUUGGCUGGCCUGCCCGUUCACGUCCUGCGCCACGCCGCCUUCCCCCUCGGCCACCUCACCAAGGACCGCGUCAAGGCCCUGGCCGCCGCUGCCGGAUUUUCUGAUGUCGCAGGUCAACGUGAGUCUAUGGGCUUGUGCUUUGUGGGCAAACGGCGCUUCGGCGCUUUGGUGCAACAAUACUUGCCACCGCGACCCGGCGUCUUUGUUCAUCUCGAGUCUGGUCGACAACUUGGACCCGUCACCGAUCUCAACGUGAUAACAUUCGGUCAAUCAGCCCGGCUGGAUGGCCAGCCUGUCCGCUGUUAUGUGGCUGGGAAAGACAUGACGGCUGGUGCUGCCUAUGUGGUCGAAGGGCUGCACCACCCCUGCUUGCAUGCUCGUGCCUUUGCCCUCAGCAAUGUGCACUGGACCCAUCCCCCGCCCCAGGACGUUGAGGCGAACCUACAUGUGCGCAUUCGCCAUCGUGGGCAGCUGCACCCCUGUGCUGUGGGGCCCUUGCCAGGCCCGUUCGACUCAAUCAAGGGCACGCCUGCGCAGGCAGAAGAGCAGUUCUUCACGGAUCUAUCCUUGUGGCAGGUGUCAGUUGUGCGUUACGUCUGCAACCGAUUGUUCCAGUGGCGGCGGCAGCGGCGGCGCUCACUGGCGGCACUGGCAGCGGCCAUAACGGGCCUGUGGUCCAUUUUUGCGACUGUGAUGCUCCUGCUGACCGCCUUUAGCUAUUUCAUGACCUGGCUGGAGCAAAGCCGCGAUGAAACAGCCCAGCGAGCCCGCCACCCACGUGAUACAGAGGAUGAGGAAUCGCUCAUUGCCAACGAGGACGUCAGUGCUCGGGAGACGGUGAGCGACCAGCCUGCGGCGCCUACCUAUGAGUGGGAUCGCUUCAUGGGUCAGGUGGCCCAGUCAGCGGGCGAAACCGUGGCAACCGCCGCCGUGGCCUCCCUUAGCCAGCAAAUGUCCAAUUCUGCUGCUUCCCCGGCUGGCAAAGGCCCACAACCCGCGCCGGGUGGCUCUGCUAGCAGCCCAGCCACGGCAUCGGCGGCUGCCGCUAAUAAACCAGGUCUGUCCCUUGGACUCUGCUGA